GGCACCUACCCGAAUAAGGAGACAAUCCAGUGUGUACUCAGUUCCUCUCUCAGCCUCUGUGAGCUAGAAGAAGCUACCAGUGAAAAAAUGGACAAAGACGAAGAAGUGCUAAAAGCAGCCAAGGCAGAACUAAAGGAAGCUAGACGUCAGUGGCACCACAUGCAGAGAGAAAUUGAUACUCUCCAUGCAGUGGAAAAGGGCCUGGAAAGUUCUCUGCGUGCCACAGAACAGCAGUACCAAACACAGCUAAAAUACUUAGAAACAGAGAUUGAAGGUCUGGAGAAAGAGCUACAAGAGGUGCGGCAAGGGAUUCAGAAACAGGUCCAGCAACAUGAAGAAUUACUGGACACUAAAAUGAGGCUUGAACAAGAGAUAGCUACAUAUCGCAGUCUGCUGGAGGAGGAGGAGAAAAGGUUUCCUUGUUCUUCACACAAAGACAGAAAAGAUGCCAAAAAAACUACUACUAGCAGAAUAGCAUUUAUCUUGCCUUCAGCUAGCGAACUAAAGAAGCAUGAGAUUGAAAAAGUAGAAAUAUUGACAAAGCAAGCAGUCUUAAAUGGAGGUGCUGUGAAAGACCGUGCAGAAACUCAUGGCACGAUACAGACAGAAAAAGUGGAUGAAGUAAUUAAAGAAUGGGAAGGCUCUUUCUUUAAGGACAACCCUCGCUUAAGGAAAAAAUCUGUUUCGUUGCGCUUUGAUCUCCACCUUGCAGCAACAGAUGAAGGUUGUUUACAGACUAAAGAGAAAAGCCUGCCUGAUAUCGAAGUGAGAUUAGUAAUGAGGCGGUCCUGCAGUAUCCCAUCCAUCAAAACCUAAAUCAGCAUCAAACUAUCCAAAGAAAAUGGAUGGAUGGAUUUCAUAAAUAAAUGUUAGGAUUGACCUACAUGGACCACAUGACUGCCUCCUAUCUGUCAAAGCUAGGAGUACACGCUAUCAUCGACUAAUAUAUAUUCCUAUAACCAGUAAUUCUUUUAAAGAUGAGAGAAAAGGUUAAGGAUCUUAC